AUGGAUAUGUCAAAAGACUGGAUGGAUACACCACGUCAUGAGAAAGAAUAUCAAGUUGGUGUAGAAAGAUUUUUACACUUUGCUUUCUCAUCAAAGGGAGUUCCUCAAGGGGAAGAAAUUCAAUGCCCUUGUGCAAAGUGUUGUAAUAUAUUUUGGUUAAAGAGAGAUGACAUAUAUGAUCAUCUAAUAUGUCACGGUUUUGUAAAACGUUAUAGGCGGUGGUUUAAUCAUGGGGAAUCACUUUUUGCUAUGGAUAUUGACAGUGACAUAGGCGGUGAAUAUAACUGCAAUGAUAACAUUGAUGAGUUGUUACGUGAUAGAUUUCGAGAUAAUACACAAGUUGACGGACAAAACAUGGGGCCUAACGAAUGUGCAAAGGAAUUUUAUAAAUUGGUAGACGAGGCAAGCCAAGAACUAUACCCCGGGUGCAAAGGAUUCACAAGAUUAUCCUUUACCAUUCGUCUUUACUUGUUAAAAUGCUUGCAUGGUUGGAGUAAUGCGUCAUUUACUUCUCUCUUGGAAUUAUUGAAAGAAGCAAUGCCAUAUUUGAAUAUUCCUAUUUCUUUUGAUAAAACCAAGAAUAUGGUGAAGAACUUGGGUCUUGACUACCAAAAGAUCGAUGCAUGUCGCAAUGACUGCAUGUUGUAUCGGAACGGGUAUGAGAAUGACUCAUCUUGUCAUGUCUGUGGAAUAUCCCGUUAUAUUGAGCAUCAUGAAGAAGAGGAUGAUGUUACUUCAUCUAGAAAGCCUCGCAAAGUUGCUGCGAAAACUCUAAGGCAUUUCCCUUUGAUUCCCAGACUUCAACGGCUUUUUAUGUGCACAAGAACUGUCGAAGCUAUGUCUUGGCAUCACAAUGAGCGUGUUAAAGACGGGUCCUUAAGGCAUCCUGCCAAUGGUCAAUCUUGGAAAGCAUUUGACAAUCGACAUGAAGAUUUUGCAAAGGAGCCUCGUAAUGUGAGACUUGGAUUAGCAAGCGACGGAUUCAAUCCAUUCCGAACUUUGAGCAGUACACAUAGUACAUGGCCUGUUGUUCUGAUGGUGUAUAAUCUACCCCCUUGGAUGAGCAUGAAGCCUGAUUAUUUUAUGCUAUCUUUACUCAUUCCUAGACCACAAUCACCGGGAAAUGACAUUGAUAUCUAUCUUCAACCGUUGAUUGAAGAAUUAAAAGAAUUAUGGGAGUCAGGUGUCGAAACAUAUGAUUGUAUCACGUUUUUAUUGAUGCUAUAA